CAUCCAUUUCUUGUUUGGCCAGAGAUAAAAUCAUCGUUGAUGAUAAUCCUUCUGUCGGUAUAACAAACACUGAUGAAGUGGAACUUAAUCGUGUUAAUUAUCUUGUAUGGGUAUUGCAUGAAUCUGCCAAGAGCUUUUCCCAUGCAAUUCAGACUCUGGAUUUGGCUAAAAGUGGGCCUGAGCUUUCAAAUGCGUGGAUUGGAGUAGACGUGCAUGCAUGGCAUAAACGCAUUGCAUAUCAGGUAGCUGUAUAUGCUUUACUGAAAGCUGCAAUAGAAGUGGAGUUGUUUCUUUCUCAAAAGCGUUACAACAGUCCUAUCAGUGAACUUUUGUCUGCUAAAACGUUGUUUCUUGGCGAGUUUGUCGAGAAUCAGUUAAACGCCAAACACCCGAAGUUGGUGCAGUGGUUUAGAACUGUUGAGCUUCCACGCAUAGCAGGAUCAUUCAUCCCAUUAUUCAAAAAGUGGUCCGUGGAAUACGCUGGAAGUGGUGUUGCAGGAGUUAUCCUGGCUAUAAGUUGCUGCACUGCUGUGAGAAGGUUGGGGUCAAGCCGUAUUUCGAGUGCUUUGUUGACCGAGUCAAUUGAUGAUGUGUUGGUGGAGCUUAUGGACUUAUCAUGCAGUCUUGUAACAGUUGAUAAGUUGCAUCAUUUGGCAAUUGAGGCGGGAUUUGAAUAUGAUUUUUUUGUUGCAUUUUGGCAAAAAGGUUUUGCCAAAUAAGAACAUUGAAGAUGUGGAGUUUUGGAUUGGGUUAGUCCAAAAAAAACUUUUGUUAGCGUUUCAUAGAGAAAGUGUAAUUACUGGAAAACAAACAUUUAAUGAUAAGACUGAAGAGGGUGCGUUAGCUACUCUUGGGAUUUUUGCGUUUCUUGGAAGAGAGACAAGGUUGUUCUUAUCAGAAAUGAAUAUAAAGGAUCUUGAUGAGCAGAUCAAAGACUUCCUCAGUUACUUGGAGUGUGGUAGCCUGUACAUUUGUCCUGAAUUUAGUGCCCUACCUGAGUAUCAACUCUUCAUCGAGGUGGUUAUAGAUGAAAUCGGAUGGCUCGAUUUUUACGCACCACUUAGAUCCAAAUUCCAUCAUGAUGGAAGAAGAUCAAGGCAGCAAGCUACCCAGGCAGAAAAGGAAAUAAUUCUUUAUACUGUUCUUACAGUUUGCUACGAUGUUUUUUCGGGAUACGCGCACUAUAGCAAUUCUUCCCAGCAGCCCAUGGAUGCAAAUUUGCUUUCGUUUCUCCUCCGAAGUCAGACGUUAUUAUCUUAUUGUCUCGAGGAGUAUUGGGCUGCUUAUGAUAAAUCAGGCGAAUCAAUGAAAUUUUCAGAAUCAUGUGUUCAAAGUAAUAAAGCGAUGACAAACUCAUCUAUAUUAUUGGAAAAGUCAGUUGAUUUGAGGAAAAGGAUAAAUAGUCAAGAUGGAACUACUGUUAGGAAGGGCACUAAUUUAUCAGGAAUUGACCCUGUAAAAACUGAAACAAAGCCCUUGUAUGAACGCAUAGUGCGGGAAUCCACCAUGAAGUUGGUGGCUGCUAGUAAUGACAUUUGGAUGGGCACUCGGUUACUAUUUAUAGAUGUAAGGAAUGCUUUUGGGCUCCUUCUGAAGCAAUUGAGUGGCAACAAGAUUACAAAUAGGGAAAGAGGGAAGAUAAAACGAACACUUAAUGAUAUUGCCACUCUUGUUCCGAUUACAAUCCUAAUGUUAAUUCCUGUAUCAGCUGUAGGCCAUGCAGCAAUGCUAGCAGCAAUCAAGAAGUACAUUCCAUCAUUGAUCCCUUCUCCGUAUUCAUCUAAACGGCUCAACUUGGUGAAACAACUAGAAAGAACAAAGAAGAUGGAAGCUGAACCAUGGGCCAGUGAAGAUAUGGUCCGGGCUAGAGAAACUAGUAAAGAAAACGAAGAAGAUAAAAGCUUUACAGUGACAACACCGUAGUAAUUCUCGGAUCACAGAAUAUGCUCCAUUCAUGGUGUUUUUGGUCUUGUUUCGUAGCUCGUAUAUAAUUAGAUCUUGAUGUAUAAUUUGAUGUUACAUGAGUUUAUGUUAAAGAUUUUGAUCA